GCAAGCAGAACCACAAGCGGAGAAACAGUCCCACAAAAUUGAUAGCAUUACAGUCAUGGCCAAGGCACAGUCCAUGGCGGCGCUGCUCGCCGUGGUGCUCGUCCUGGGCGCGUCCGCGGACGUCGCGCACGGCGUCUGCAACAUCUCCAGCGGCGGGAUCCGCGCGUGCCAGCCGGCGGCAGCCAUCCGCAACCCGACGGACGCGCCGUCCGCCGACUGCUGCGCGGCGCUGGCGGGGGCCGACCUGCCGUGCCUCUGCCGGUACAAGAACGUCGGCGCCAUGUGGGUGAGGUUCUACAAGAUCGACGUGAAGCGCGCCAUGGCGCUGCCGCGCAAGUGCGGCCUCGCCAUGCCCGCCAACUGCUGAUGGAUGCGUCACGAAAUAUAUGAUGGACUGAAAUAUCUAUAUACCUAGAAUAAAUGAAGCACGUGAAAGACCGUUUCGUGCUUGCUUUGGUGUGUACUAUGUACUGUCAGGGCCGGUCCUGACUUUUCAGAGGCCCGGGGCGAACUUAAAAAGUGGGCCUAAUGUAGUGAAAAAUAUAAAUUACAUCGAUAUAAAGCACAA